UAAUUCUCCCUCCUGGAGGAUGUUCUAUUGUUUCUGACAGCACUGGCCAUGACCUGGGGAGGGAGAGCUUAUGGCCCAUUCCCUCCCCCCUCCCUCCCCCCUAUAGGAACAGCAAAGUUUUUUAGAUGUAGUAGACGGGGCUCAGACAAUCUCACAAAUCCUGCUGAUGAAGAAUGACUUUAAGAUCCUGCUUUUCCCAUCCUAAUCUACAAGAGGAAACAGGAAAAAGGAACUUAAAACUCCCAUUGCUGAGACAGCUAAGCGCUUGCUCUAGUCCACCCCAGUAUUUCAGUGAAUCUGUUGCUCCCUGGAAGGCUAGUUUGCCGUGCGAUGCAAAGAAAGGGCAAAGACUGAGGCUUGUCCCACUGAAAGGACCUCUGGUAUUUCAUGAACUAAAGUAUAAACUGGAUGGAUAUACUUGGAAAAGCGUGGACAUUUUUAGCAUUUCUUCUUUUCUGUGAAUUCAGCUUUAUGCUUUCAGGCAAUGCAGAGACAGCAUUUGAUUUGAUAUUGAUCAACUCACUCCCUACUGUGGCCGAUUCAGAGACAUCACUAAUUUGUAUUGCAUCUCGAUGGUGUUCCCUGGACUCUAUUAAAAUUGGGCGAGACUAUGAUGCCUUAAUGAGCCAGAAUCGAAACCCCUUGGCCGUGGCUGAUGAUGAAACGAGAGGGAUAGCAAAAAAAGUGAUAUGGCAAAGGGAAAAGUCUGGGGAAAGCAUUGGAGCAUACUUUUGUGAAGGAAAAUUCAAAGAUAACAUGAAGCUGGUAUAUACAAUGAAGAUGCAACGAACAGCUUCAUUCCUACCAGUUGCCUUAACCAUUACAGCAAACAAGGGCGAAGUUGUCAACAUUUCCUUCAUCAGAAAGGUUUUUAACGAGGAAGAUGCAGUAAUCUACAAAAAUGGUACGUUUAUAUAUUCUGUUCUCAAGAGAGUUCCAGAACUGCUAACAAUACCCCUGUCUUCAGUUCACCUUGAUAAUGCAGGAGUUUACUCAGCCAGAUACAUAGGAGGAAGCCAUUUCACUUCAGCCUACACUCGACUGAUUGUACGAAGGUGUGAAGCUCAAAAAUGGGGACCUGAGUGUUCUUUUCCUUGUCCAGACUGCAAGAAUAAUGGCAUCUGUCAUGAGGAUACUGGAGAAUGCAUUUGUCCACCGGGCUUUAUGGGGAAAACAUGUGAGAAAGCUUGUGGAGAAAACAGAUUUGGGAAGGCAUGCCAAGAAAAAUGUAAAGAGAAGUCAGGAUGCAAAUCUUUGGUGUUCUGUUUGCCUGAUCCAUAUGGAUGUUCAUGUGCCUCUGGAUGGAAGGGACUCCAGUGUGAUGAAGGUUGCGAGCCUGAUUUUUAUGGGCCUGAUUGUAAAUUGAAGUGUAACCACUGCAAUAAUCGAGGAGCAUGUGACAGCUUUAAAGGCUGCGUCUGCCAGUUUGGGUGGCAUGGUCUGCAAUGUGAAAAAGAAGGUACAGCAGAUGAAUCCCCCAAGAUAGAGACCUUGCUAAAUGAAAUUGAACUCAAUGCUGGCUCAGAGUUCAAGUCGACCUGCACAAUUACUGGCAAGCCAUCUCCUACAAAGGAAGACAUUAAAUUAAUUAAAAAAGAUGGAACCAUUCUUCUACCUGUCACAAUAGCCAAAAAAGACAACACGUCGGAAACUUUAGAAGCUACUUUUCUUUUUAAAAGUGUCCAGCCUGCUGAUUCUGGAAUGUGGGUCUAUGUUGCUGAGACAAGAGUUGGCAUGGCAGAAAAAACUUUACAGGUUGCAAUUAAAGUUCUUCCUAUGCCUCAGAAUGCUCCAUCAUUGAUAGAAAGAGGCCAUAAUUUUCUCAUUAUUGCAACAAAUGCUGGAUCAUAUUUUGGGGAUGGACCAAUUGUAUCAACUCAGAUUCUAUACAAACGCGCCAACUCUCAAUGGAUGUCAGAGGAAGUCACAGAAGACAUCUGGCGACUAAAUAAUCUAGAACCAAAAACGGUGUACUUUGUAUGUGUUCGCCUCACUCGUAAAGGAGAGGGGGGAGCAGGACAUCCUGGUCCAGCAACCAGCUUCAUUACAGCUGCUGUUGGUCUUUUUCCACCCAGAGGCCUGUGCCUUAUCCCUAAUAGCACAACAGCUCUAAAGCUGUCAUGGCAGCCAAUCAAUCAGCACUUGGAGGAAGACAUUUGCAUUGAAGUAGAAAAUAAAAGUGUAGUGGAUGUAAAUGGGGAGCAUACUACCAUCAUACAACUCCUAGGAAAUAAGACCAGUUUGGUUAUUGACAAGCUACAACCCAGACAUAAGUACAUGUGCCGAGUCCGUAUAAAUAGUAAGUCCAAAGGGGAAUGGAGUGACUAUCUUGCAGCAUGGACCUUCAGUGACAGAUCUCCUCCUUCCCCUGAUAAUAUCAAUAUCAUGAACAUCACCGAUUCCUCUGCUGUUAUUUCUUGGUCAGCAGCUGAAGGGCAUUCCAUCUCCUCCAUCAUUCUCAGCUAUAAAAUUGUUGGCAAGACUGAGUACAACCAAAUCGAUGUCACCAUAAAAAAUGCCACCAUCACCCAGUACAACCUCAAGGGUCUUGAGCCAGACACCUUCUAUUUGGUUCAGAUUACAGCCCAGAAUAAUGUCGGGAAAAGUGAAAAGAACCCUACCUAUGAGCUAAGAACUCUGCCAGAAUCAAAAGUUCCAGGUGAGUCCAAAGGAGGUCAAAUGUUGCUGAUUGCUAUCCUGGGCUCUGCAGGGAUGACUUGCCUGACAAUACUGCUGGCCUUUUUCAUUAUGUUACAGUUGAAGCGAGCAAAUUUCCAGCAGCGCAUGGCCCAGGCUUUCCAAAAUGUGGUGAGGGAUGAACCAGCUGUACAGUUCAAUUCAGGAACUCUUACUCUAAGCCGGAAAGCCAAAAAUAGCACUGAGCCUACAAUAUACCCGGUUUUGGAAUGGAACGACAUCAAAUUUCAAGAUGUGAUUGGAGAAGGCAACUUUGGCCAAGUUCUGAAAGCCCGAAUUAAAAAAGACGGGCUGCGAAUGGAUGCAGCUAUCAAAAGGAUGAAGGAAUAUGCUUCCAAAGAUGAUCACAGAGAUUUCGCUGGAGAACUGGAAGUACUUUGUAAACUUGGACAUCAUCCUAACAUCAUAAAUCUUUUAGGAGCCUGUGAACAUCGAGGCUAUCUUUACCUUGCUAUUGAAUAUGCACCCCAUGGAAAUUUACUUGAUUUUUUGAGAAAAAGCCGUGUUCUUGAGACCGAUCCGGCAUUUGCCAUAGCUAAUAGUACAGCCUCCACUCUUUCCUCUCAGCAACUCCUGCACUUUGCAGCUGAUGUGGCCAGAGGGAUGGAUUACCUGAGCCAAAAACAGUUUAUCCAUCGGGAUCUGGCAGCAAGAAACAUUUUGGUCGGUGAAAAUUACGUCGCAAAAAUAGCUGACUUUGGUUUAUCUAGAGGUCAAGAAGUUUAUGUUAAAAAGACCAUGGGAAGGCUUCCGGUGCGAUGGAUGGCAAUUGAAUCUUUAAACUACAGUGUGUAUACCACAAACAGUGAUGUUUGGUCAUAUGGUGUGCUGUUAUGGGAAAUAGUUAGCUUGGGUGGAACACCAUACUGCGGGAUGACCUGCGCAGAGCUCUAUGAAAAAUUGCCCCAAGGGUACAGACUGGAGAAGCCACUCAACUGUGAUGAUGAGGUUUAUGAUUUAAUGAGGCAAUGCUGGAGAGAAAAACCUUAUGAAAGGCCAUCAUUUGCCCAGAUACUCGUUUCCUUGAGCAGGAUGUUAGAAGAAAGGAAGACUUAUGUGAAUACAACUUUAUAUGAGAAGUUCACCUAUGCAGGCAUUGACUGUUCCGCUGAAGAGGCUGCUUAAGAUGGAAGAAUUUAAGUUAUUUAUCAGUUCAAAUGAUCUCCUGGGGAAUGUUUUGUGAAGUAAAUAAAAAAGGCAUGUGGCGUUUGCUGUAUAAUAUUUUUGGGCUAUAUGCAUACAGGUAAUCCUUGAUUUAAGAUUACAAUUGGAACUGAAAUUUCAGUUGUUACAGUCAUAAGUUGAGGCAUUAUGUGACUGAAAUUAGUUUUCAUGAUUGUUUUUAUGACAGUUGUUAAACAAGUCACCAGGGUCAUUAAGUAAAUCAUGUUGCCAUUAAGCGAACCACAUGGUUGUAAAUGCAAAAUCCAUUUUAUCAAAUGGACAUUUUUUUGCUAGGUUUUGACGAAAAAAAUGGCAAGAAAAUGUUGCAAAAUUCAAUCAGAUGACCACAAGAUGCUAUAAAUGCAAGCUGGUUGCCAAGGCCCAGACUAUAAUCAUAUGACCACUUGGCUGAUUUGACAGCCUCAAGGACAGGUCACAAAUAUUUUUUUUUUCAAAUCUGUUGUAACUUCAAACGGUUGUUAAGCAACUGGUUGUAGAUCAAGUACUAGCUGUACCUUAAGAGUGUAUUUCAAGUCAGUAUGCUCUAGGAAUGUGUGUGUAUAUAUGUAUGUAAAUGUGUAUGUGUGCCAGUACCCAAUACUUAUAUCUAAACAUUCAAUUUCUCAUUCUCUAUGCACUGCAUGCACACACAAGCACCAUUCAGAUGAGGAAAUGGCACAAAUAAAUAUAUUUUACAGUUC